GACUCCAGGUGAUUUUGAGAUAUGGUGUACUUAUAGUUGCUUGUAUGCUAUUGGACAAUAUACUUACCUUUGGAUGGACUCCUGAAGAAGCCAAAAUGCACAUGGUCGCGGACUAUUUUAGUCUUUCGGAAUGGAAAGUGAUUACUGAGGUACUUGGGCCAAAUCCUCGACAUCUAUUUGAACUCUAUGCACUUAAACAAAGCAAUUAUCACCUAAAACCAACACAAGACAAGGCUUGUACCUUUGAGGACACUGUAGAUGCAUAUAUAGCAUAUUUGCAA